UCUACAGGAACAAGUUCUUUUAAAACAGUAAUUCUUUUUUAUUUUUAAUUUUUUUCUUCAUUUGAUUUUCUCUGUCACCCUUCUUCUGUAUCAUUUAUUUAAUAAACGUUAGUCAGAAAAGAAUCUAUGAACAGUACUCUUGAGAGUUUAAAAGCAGAUCUGCGAAAAGUGAGAGUCAAAGAGAUCACAGAGUGCAUCAGAGCAGUCAAUCAAGAGGGAAAUUUUUAUGGGAAAAUACCUACAACUGGCAGAAAAGAUGAUCUUAUCGAACGGUUCGUCACUUUUAUUUAUGCUCUGCUGGCAAAUAACAGGAGGGCUGCAGUAGCCGAUAUCGUCCGCAUAGUCAACGACCAGCUACCCAAAAAAAUUAAUUGGCGGUUUGAAAAUAAUACUGUGAUCGUUAGUUCACCUGCUAGCGUAAAAGUAACUGCAGAGAAACCACCUGUGAAAAUAAAUCAACUAUCAUUCCAAGAAAGCCCUUUCAUCAAACCCCUAGAGAGACUGACAACCAUCAAAAUAUGCCCAAUUUCUAGCAAUACUCGACAAAGCAAACUGUUCACUUUUUCGUUGACUGAUGAAAAUCGAGAACUACUGUUAUCCAACGAUUCAACAUCCUAUCAGCUACGGUUUUACUGCUCCAAAUACACAGGCAAUACAUCCAAUCUUUUAAUCGAGUUCCCGCCUAUCUGCGAAGUGAGAGUGAACGAUUGUGUUAUCGCUGGUUCGUCGUUACGUUGUCUUAAAGGAAAACCAGGCACUGUCCAUCCUCCAGACAUUUCAGUGAUGGUAAAAAAGAAGGAACAGAAUAAUGUUGAAUUGAUAUAUAUCAAUAACGAAUCAGCUUAUGUUGCAAGUGUUUACAUUGUACAAAAAACCUCUGUCAACGAGUUGAUAAAGCAGAUGAAGGAAGAACGAGUGAUAUCAAAAGAUACCGUCCUUGAAAAAUUAAAACAGACACAGCAAGAUUCAGAGAUCAUCAUGGAGUCAGAGACUUUAUCGAUGAAAGACCCACUUGCCUUCACUCGUAUUGUCACGCCUAUUCGAUCAAAAGCCUGCCAUCAUCUGCAGUGCUUCGACGCUUCUGUUUAUUUGACGAUGAAUGAACAAACACCAACAUGGACUUGCCCCGUAUGCUAUCGAGCCAUAGAGAAAUUUCAAGAUUUAUUUGUGGAUGAAUAUUUUGAAGAAAUAUUAAAAAACGCGCCUAAACAUAUCGACAGUGUUCUUGUAGAGCCGGACGGACAAAUUACUAUUGUGGAUGACAACCCAGAUUUGGCUGGCGAAACGUCUGAGACGGAGGAGGAAGGAAACGAGCCUAGUCAUAUAGAAAGUAAAGCAAAAGCGCCAGUGACUAUUCUACUGGACGAUGACGAUAAUGAUGAAGGCGAAGCACACCCGAGUACAAGCGCCAACGUAACAGCAGCGACAACGCUUCCUAGCAACAACGUUGCUGUUCAUCAACCCUAUAUGAACAAUACAGUUGUAAUCAAAGCAUCAUCGGAUGACGAUGCUAUUAUCACCACCCAUCAUAUACCCUCAGUUUCUUCUGUACAGCCAAACACGAAUAGCCACUCGGCAAAUACACAGCAUAUUUCUGGAGUCAUUACCGGAAAGAAACGGACGAGAAGAGAGGUCAUUGAUUUGACAUUAGACAGUGAAGAAGAAAAGGAGGAGGAGGAGGAGGAGGAAGAGGAGGAUCAACAGCAACGAAAAGCACCAAGGAAUCAUUUACAAAUAGAGGGCAGAUAUGAAAGCUCGGAUGAAGAUUUGAUACUACCCCAUCAUGGUUCUAUAUUCAAUCAUGGAGCAAACCAUGACCAUGGCUCACCGAGCAUAUACAAUCACGGAGCCAACAAUGGCAAUGGCUCAUCGAGCAUGUAUCUGAAUCAUGAUAAUGGCUCAACGAUCCUAUUCAAUCACGAUGCAAACAACGACAAUGGCUCAACAAGUAGUAGUGUGAAGUUUUCGAUGAAUAGCAGUAGUAGUAUUUCUCCGCCAGUAAGCUCCACUGCCUCUCCACCAACGAGCGGUUAUAGCACGUUUUAA